AUGUUUCUAUCUCUCUAUAUAUAUAUUCGUUUCCCUCUCUCCAGGUCUCUAUAUUUGUUUCUAUCUCCCUCUCUCAAUAUAUAUCAGUUAAUAUGUCCUUCUCUCUCUAUAUCUUUUUCCAUCUCCCUCUUUCUUUGUAUCUGUUUCUAUCUCCCUUUCUCUAUACGAGACAAGCUUGCUCAUCAUUACACCGCCUCGAGGUACCCCCUCCCUCUCUAUAUAUAUCUAUAUCUCCCUCUCACUAUAUGUCUAUUUCUCUUUCUCUUUCUCUCUAUGUCUGUUUCUAUCUCCCUCACUCUUUAUAUCUGCUUCUAUCUCCCUCUCUCUAUAUGUCUAUUUCUAUUUCAUUCUCUCUAUAUGUCUGUUUCUAUCUCCCUCACUCUUUAUAUCUGCUUCUAUCUCCCUCUCACUAUAUGUCUAUUUCUAUUUCCUUCUCUCUAUAUGUCUGUUUCUAUCUCCCUCUCUCUUUAUAUCUGCUUCUAUCUCCCUCUCACUAUAUGUCUAUUUCUAUUUCCUUCUCUCUAUAUGUCUGUUUCUAUCUCCCUCACUCUUUAUAUCUGCUUCUAUCUCCCUCUCACUAUAUGUCUAUUUCUAUUUCUCUUUCUCUCUAUGUCUGUUUCUAUCUCCCUCUCUCUUUAUAUCUGCUUCUAUCUCCCUCUCACUAUAUGUCUAUUUCUAUUUCCUUCUCUCUCUAUGUCUGUUUCUAUCUCCCUCUCUCUUUAUAUCUGCUUCUAUCUCCCUCUCACUAUAUGUCUAUUUCUAUUUCCUUCUCUCUAUAUGUGUUUUUAUCUCCCCCUCUCUUUAUAUCUGCUUCUAUCUCCCUCUCACUAUAUGUCUAUUUCUAGUUCCUUCUCUCUAUAUGUCUGUUUCUAUCUCCUCUCUUUAUAUCUGCUUCUAUCUCCCUCUCACUAUAUGUCUAUUUCUAGUUCCUUCUCUCUCUAUAUGUCUGUUUCUAUCUCCCUCUCUCUUUAUAUCUGCUUCUAUCUCCCUCUCACUAUAUGUCUAUUUCUAUUUAUUUCUCUCUAUAUGUCUGUUUCUAUCUCCCCUCUCUCUUUAUAUCUGCUUCUAUCUCCUCUCACUAUAUGUCUAUUUCUAUUUCCUUCUCUCUAUAUGUCUGUUUCUAUCUCCCUCUCUUUUUAUAUCUGCUUCUAUCUCCUCUUACUAUAUGUCUAUUUCUAUUUUUCUUUUCUCUCUAUGUCUGUUUCUAUCUCCCUCUCUUUAUAUCUGCUUCUAUCUCCCUCUCACUAUAUGUCUAUUUCUAGUUCCUUCUCUCUAUAUGUCUGUUUCUAUCUCCCUCUCUCUUUAUAUCUGAUUCUAUCUCCCUCUCACUAUAUGUCUAUUUCUAGUUCCUUCUCUCUGUAUGUCUGUUUCUAUCUCCAUCUCUCUUUAUAUCUGCUUCUAUCUCCCUCUCACUAUAUGUCUAUUUCUAUUUCUCUUUCUCUAUAUGUCUGUUUCUAUCUCCCUCUCUCUUUAUAUCUGCUUCUAUCUCCCUCUCACUAUAUGUCUAUUUCUAUUUCUCUUUCUCUAUAUGUCUGUUUCUAUCUCCUCUCUCUUUAUAUCUGCUUCUAUCUCCCCCCCUCUCACUAUAUGUCUAUUUCUAUUUCUCUUUCUCUAUAUGUCUGUUUCUAUCUCCCUCUCUCUUUAUAUCUGCUUCUAUCUCCCUCUCACUAUAUGUCUAUUUCUAUUUCCUUCUCUCUAUAUGUCUGUUUCUAUCUCCCUCUCUCUUUAUAUCUGCUUCUAUCUCCCUCUCACUAUAUGUCUAUUUAUCUCUCUAUGUCUGUUUCUAUCUCCCUCUCUCUUUAUAUCUGCUUCUAUCUCCCUCUCACUAUAUGUCUAUUUCUAUUUCCUUCUCUCUCUAUGUCUGUUUCUAUCUGCCUCUCUCUUUAUAUCUGCUUCUAUCUCCCUCUCACUAUAUGUCUAUUUCUCUUUCUCUUUCUCUCUAUGUCUGUUUCUAUCUCCCUCUCUCUUUAUAUCUGCUUCUAUCUCCCUCUCACUAUAUGUCUAUUUCUAUUUCUCUUUCUCUCUAUAUGUCUGUUUCUAUCUCCCUCACUCUUUAUAUCUGCUUCUAUCUCCCUCUCACUAUAUGUCUAUUUCUCUUUCUCUUUCUCUCUAUAUGUCUGUUUCUAUCUCCCUCACUCUUUAUAUCUGCUUCUAUCUCCCUCUCACUAUAUGUCUAUUUCUAUUUCCUUCUCUCUAUAUGUCUGUUUCUAUCUCCCUCACUCUUUAAAUCUGUUUUUAUCUCCCUCUCUCUAUAUGUCUGUUUCUAUCUCCGUUUCUCACUAUAUCUAUUUCUAUCGUCCUAUCUCUCUCUAUAUGCUUCUAUCUCCUUUUCUCUUUAUAUCCAUUUCUAUCUUCCUCAUACCCAGUUAUUUACUGUAG